AGGAUAAGGGCUACACAAGUUAAGUUAAUCUGAAUACCCACAAAUGAAGUUUCAAUUUUAACAAAGAUUGGUCGUUUGUUCUUUAUUAUUGUUUGGAAAGAGCUGUUUAUAAUUUGUGAAUAGGAAGGCUAGAUCUCUGGUGACAUAAUCUUAUCAGGGAAUUGCUUGUGAUGCGAUGCACCGACCACAGAAUGGAAAUUUAUCGCACGUGUCACUGCACAUUUUACUUUGGAGCAAUCUUGUGGUCAUGCUUCAAAUUGCUAGUGUAACUUGGAUGAGUUGCAGCUUUUGAUCAUUGCAUUUGGGUGGCAAGAUGGAUGCCAAACCAGUGGAUUCAUCAUCUCAAUCUCCUUCCACUUCUUCUGAAGAUAAACCCACUGUCCCUAGCGUUUCCCGGACAGAGACCCCUUCCUUGCCAUCUUUCUUCUCCGCCUCCAGCAUAUCAUCUUGGACACAGAAUUUGAAACUUCCGCAGCAGGCAGCAUCUUCACAGGACAGUUCACAGAGUCCAAAUUCAGGGAUUGCAACACUAUCAAGAUUUGCCAAUGGCAUGAGAUUUCGAUUGCCUGCAGGAACCCCAACAACAAAUGAGGCUGUUCAGGGCACCUCAGAAAAUGCUCAAUCUGGUGUCCUUGGAUCAGUUGCAAAAGGGUUGCUUGAUUCGUCCCGCAAUGCUGUGAAGGCUGUGCAGGUCAAGGCACGUCAUGUUGUCUCACAAAAUAAGAGGAGAUACCAGGAAGGAGGAUUCGAUUUGGAUAUGACUUAUAUCACUGAGAAUGUAAUUGCAAUGGGAUUCCCAGCUGGAGAUAUAAGCUCAGGUCUAUUUGGGUAUUUUGAGGGCUUUUAUCGUAAUCAUAUGGAAGAGGUGAUUACUUUUUUUGAGACGCAUCACCAGGGAAAGUACAAAGUCUAUAAUCUCUGUUUAGAAAGGCUAUAUGAUUCAUCACUUUUUGGUGGGAAGGUGGCGACUUUUCCAUUUGCUGAUCACAAUUGCCCACCUAUGCCACUUAUACUAUCCUUUUGUCAAAGUGCGUCCUCAUGGUUGAAGGAGGACAUAGAAAAUGUAGUGGCCGUUCACUGUAAGGCCGGCAUGGCUAGGACGGGGUUGAUGAUCUGUAGCCUUCUCUUGUUCCUGAAGAUCUUCCCUACAGCUGAUGAGGCCAUUGCUUAUUACAAUCAGAAAAGAUGUAUCGAUGGCAAGGCUCUAGUUCUUCCGAGUCAAAUUAGGUUUGUCCAGUACUUUGAGCGUGUUUUAACUGGCUUCAGUAGAGAAAUUCCAGCAGCACGUAGAUGCAUGCUUAGAGGAUUUCGGCUUCACAGAUGUCCUUCCUGGAUAAGGCCGGCAAUUACGAUAUCUGAUCAUAAUGGUGUUCUCUUCUCCUCCAAAAAGCAUCCCAAGAUUAAAGAUCUAACGCCGCAAGAUUUCUGGAUCAAACCACCCAAGAAGGGAGUGGUCGUUUUUGCUAUACCAGGAGAGCCUGGGCUGACAGAGUUGAAGGGCGACUUCAAAAUCCACUUUCAUGAGCACCAAGGAGAUUUUUACUGUUGGUUAAAUACGACAAUGAUGGAAAACAGAAUACUUUUAAGCUCAUCUGAUCUUGAUGGCUUCGACAAGAGAAAUCUUCCUUCUCCUGGAUUCCACGUGGAAGUUGUAAUGAUAGAUUAUGACGGCACCAUGCCAGCGAAGGCCAAUAGCGACUCCACCAGCAAGGAACCUGAGACUAUGUCAAGAAGUUCAGAUACAAAUGGUGAAGCCGCAACAAAAUCAAACAGUACGAAGGCAUCUCAAAAAGAUGACAACGACGAUGAUGUUUUCUCUGACAGUGAAGGAGAGGAGUCUCGUCCCUCAAAUAACAAGCAAGUACGACCUCUUUGUGGUGAUGAGCCGACUCUUGUUCCUGAUACUAGGAGUGCCUCGGUGAAGCAAAUGGAGAGAGUGACGCAAAGUGCUGAUAAGCUGUCACUGGGCAGUGAGCGAUACUCAGAGAGUUAUGCUAAUAAGGAAGUGCGUAGUGAUGGAGCUGAGAAAUCUGCUUCUGGGCUGGAUAUGCCUAAGCUGGACUCUGGUGGAGUCAGUGACUUUAAAGCCAUAGCAGCCGAUGCCUCAGUUUUCACAUUCGGAAAUGAAGAAGAUUACGAGAGCGAAUGACAAGUUAUGGUCCAUUGUUGUUUGAGCUUGAACGCUACAAAGAAUCUCAAGUCAUGGACUGGAAGAGUACAGGAGCAUCUGAACUGGAGAAGAGUUGGUUAACAGGCUUCGAUGCGUAUUUGUUACAUUCAUUUGUUUCUCGUCCGUGUCGGGUUCCAUUCCUAUUCUUCUCAAUUGUUUACGGUUCACUUUCAGAUGUCACCUUGAAAACAUCUUCCUGUUUCCUUUCUUUUGUUCU